AAAAGCAGCAAGGUAAAUACGGGCAACGCUUUAAAUUCAUCUAUGCAGCGUGAGAUAUCUGGGAAUGUGCUGCCCAAACUGUUCGGUUUCAGUGUCUGUGUGUUUCACAACGAGAGGAGGCGAUGGCGGAUGGCUCACAGGCUGCUAGUACGUAGAAUUUGGACGUUCUCUGCGAAAGACAUCCGCUGCCUCCCAUCAUCCCCUGCCAUCGCCGCCACCUCUUCUUUCUCCACCUCCCUACAGUCCGCCACGACCCGGGUCUCCUUCCUCUCUCCGUCACGCACCCUACCUCGCUGCCUUCCUCACGCCUCCCGCCGGGAAGUCUCUUUCAAUGUUCAGGACCACGAUGACUUCACAGACCGGGUCAUCAAAAGCGAACUGCCCGUGCUGGUUGACUUCCACGCACAGUGGUGUGGUCCCUGCAAGAUCCUUGGGCCAAGGUUGGAGAAGGCUGUUGCAAAACAGAAAGGCCGUGUUGCCAUGGCAAAAGUUGACAUAGACGAUCACACAGACCUGGCAAUCGAAUACGGGGUGUCUGCAGUUCCGACAGUAAUCGCCAUCCGGGGAGGUGACGUUGUUGACCACUUUGUGGGGAUCAAAGAUGAUGAUGCGCUGGACUCCUUUGUCAGCAAGAUCAUUGGACAAUAAACCAGCUUGCCCUGUCCUGCCAUUCACUACCAUUAUGGCGCUGUUUUGUAUGAUUCUGGUAGCUGCCAUGUUGAGCCUGUUGAGCAACAAAACCAUGCCACAAUGCCAGCUGGCAAACUCUCAAAUGCUCACACCCAUCCCGAGACACU